ACCAGGGGAGGGCUGUUGGCACUAUUAUUCUUUUUCCCUUUAUCCCUUUCUGGUCCGGUUUUAGUUUUUGUUUCUCGUCCCCUCCUUCGCCGGUCUUUGUUUCAAUUUCCCCCCCCUAAAAUCGUAAGGGAGCUAUUUUGGCGACCGACCGAGGAGGGAAAGGGAGGUCCUCCUCCGGCCCUGGAGCCUUUCGUCCCUUCGCAAGAGUCGGCGAGGAUAGGAGAACGCUGUCAAAAUGUCUGACAGUGAGGACAGCAACUUCUCCGAAGAUGAUAGCGAACACAGCAGUGAGCCUGAAGAGGCAGAGGAGAAUGAGGCAGAAGAGCGUGCCAGUGCCGUAGGCAGCGAAAAGGAAGAAGUGGAGGAAGAGGAGGAGGAGGAGGAAGAAGAGGAGGAGGACGAAGAAGAUGAAGAGGAUGAUGACCGCCGUCCAAAGAAGCCCAGACACGGAGGCUUUAUUUUGGAUGAAGCUGAUGUGGAUGAUGAGUAUGAAGAUGAAGAUCAAUGGGAAGAUGGUGCUGAGGACAUCCUGGAGAAAGAAGAAAUUGAAGCAUCCAAUAUUGACAAUGUGGUCCUGGAUGAGGAUCGCUCAGGAGCACGGAGACUACAGAACCUGUGGAGGGACCAGAGAGAAGAGGAGCUGGGCGAAUAUUACAUGAAGAAAUAUGCCAAAUCCUCAGUGGGUGAGACCGUGUAUGGUGGCUCCGAUGAACUCUCUGAUGACAUCACACAACAGCAGUUACUACCUGGAGUAAAGGAUCCCAAUCUCUGGACCGUGAAAUGUAAGAUUGGAGAGGAGCGGGCCACAGCCAUUGCCCUGAUGAGGAAGUUCAUCGCCUACCAGUUCACUGACACACCUUUGCAGAUCAAGUCAGUGGUUGCCCCUGAGCACGUGAAGGGCUACAUCUAUGUGGAAGCCUACAAGCAGACACACGUCAAGCAGGCCAUUGAGGGGGUGGGCAAUCUCCGGAUGGGCUACUGGAACCAGCAGAUGGUGCCAAUCAAGGAGAUGACGGAUGUCCUAAAGGUGGUGAAGGAGGUGACUAACCUGAAACCCAAAUCAUGGGUCUGUCUCAAGAGGGGCAUCUACAAAGAUGACAUCGCUCAGGUGGAUUAUGUGGAGCCGAGUCAGAAUCAGAUCUCAUUGAAGAUGAUUCCACGUAUUGAUUUUGACCGCAUCAAAGCCCAUAUGAGUCUGAAAGACUGGUUCGCCAAACGAAAGAGGUUCAAACGUCCUCCGCAGCGUCUCUUUGAUGUUGAAAAGAUUAGGUCUUUGGGUGGCGAUGUGGCCUCCGAUGGCGAUUUCCUCAUCUUUGAAGGCAAUCGUUAUAGCCGGAAAGGUUUCCUCUUCAAGAGCUUUGCUAUGUCUGCUGUGAUCACAGAAGGAGUGAAGCCCACUCUGUCUGAGCUGGAGAAAUUUGAAGAUCAACCAGAAGGCAUUGACUUGGAAGUGGUGACAGAGAGCACAGGGAAGGAACGGGAACACAACUUCCAGCCUGGUGACAAUGUGGAGGUGUGUGAAGGGGAGUUGAUCAACCUGCAGGGCAAGAUCCUGAGUGUGGAUGGAAACAAAAUCACCAUCAUGCCAAAGCAUGAAGACCUCAAGGACAUGUUGGAGUUCCCAGCCCAAGAGUUACGCAAGUACUUCAAAAUGGGGGACCAUGUAAAGGUGAUUGCUGGACGGUUUGAGGGUGACACGGGACUGAUUGUGCGUGUGGAGGAAAACUUUGUUAUCCUCUUCUCUGACCUCACAAUGCAUGAGCUCAAAGUCCUCCCCCGGGACCUUCAGCUCUGCUCAGAGACAGCCUCUGGCGUCGACGUGGGCGGACAGCAUGAGUGGGGAGAACUGGUGCAGCUGGAUCCACAGACGGUUGGGGUCAUUGUCCGGCUGGAACGGGAGACAUUCCAGGUCCUCAACAUGUAUGGCAAAUUGGUGACAGUCAGGCACCAGGCAGUGAAUCGGAAGAAAGACAACCGAUUUGCAGUGGCAUUGGACUCGGAGCAGAACAACAUCCAUGUGAAGGACAUUGUGAAAGUCAUAGAUGGGCCACACUCGGGCCGAGAGGGGGAGAUACGGCAUCUGUUUCGGAGCUUUGCUUUUCUUCAUUGCAAGAAGCUGGUGGAAAAUGGAGGCAUGUUUGUGUGUAAGACACGUCAUUUGGUUCUGGCUGGAGGCUCAAAGCCUCGGGAUGUCACAAAUUUUACAAUUGGUGGCUUUGCACCCAUGAGUCCUCGUAUCAACAGUCCCAUGCAUCCCAGUGCUGGAGGGCAACGUGGUGAUUUUGGCGGGGGUGGCAUGGGCCGAGGUCGUGGGCGUAGAGACAAUGAUCUCAUUGGGCAGACAGUGCGGAUUUCCCAAGGGCCCUACAAAGGCUACAUUGGCGUGGUCAAAGAUGCCACGGAAUCCACUGCCCGUGUGGAGUUGCACUCCACCUGCCAGACCAUCUCAGUAGACCGGCAGCGUCUCACCACAGUUGGUUCAAGGAGACCAGGCGGCAUGACCUCCGCUCACAGCCGUACACCAAUGUAUGGCUCUCAGACCCCAAUGUAUGGCUCAGGGUCUCGCACACCCAUGUAUGGCUCCCAGACUCCACUGCAUGAUGGCAACCGGACUCCACAUUAUGGCUCUCAAACGCCGCUGCACGAUGGCAGUCGGACACCCGCACAGAGUGGAGCUUGGGACCCCAACAAUCCCAACACACCCUCCAGAGCGGAUGAAGAGUUUGACUAUGGCUUUGAUGAUGAGCCCACUCCUUCUCCACAAGGCUACGGAGGAACUCCUAACCCACAAACCCCUGGCUAUCCCGACCCUUCUUCCCCGCAGGUUAACCCGCCGUACAACCCUCAGACCCCUGGCACCCCAGCCAUGUAUAACACAGACCAGUUUUCUCCAUAUGCUGUCCCAUCUCCUCAAGGCUCCUACCAGCCAAGUCCCAGCCCUCAAAGUUUCCAUCAAGUGGCGCCUAGUCCUGUAGGCUACCAGAACACCCAUUCACCAGCCAGCUACCAUCCAACACCAUCGCCAAUGGCAUACCAGGCAAGCCCUAGUCCUAGCCCUGUGGGCUACAGCCCUAUGACCCCAGGUGCUCCCUCUCCUGGAGGUUACAACCCUCACACCCCUGGUUCUGGGAUCGAGCAGAGCUCCAGCGAUUGGGUCACCACUGACAUCCAGGUCAAAGUACGCGAUACUUACUUGGACAGCCAGGUCGUGGGGCAGACGGGAGUCAUCCGCAGCGUGACGGGUGGGAUGUGCUCAGUCUAUCUGAAGGACAGCGAGAAGGUGGUCAGCAUUUCCAGUGAGCAUCUGGAGCCUGUCACACCAACUAAGAACAAUAAGGUCAAAGUCAUCUUGGGAGAAGACCGAGAAGCCACUGGUGUCCUGUUAAGCAUUGAUGGAGAAGACGGCAUUGUCCGCAUGGACUUGGAAGAACAGCUGAAGAUCCUCAACUUGCGUUUCCUUGGCAAGCUCCUGGAGGCCUAGAGCGAUGGGGAGUCCUGUGUGCACGUGUGUGUAUGGUUGUGUGGUAUGGGUGGCUUUUUUUCCUUUUAGUAUAGUGUCUGCAGACUUCUACGGCACAUCCUUGUACAGAAUUGCUCCUGAGGGAAUUUUAUUUUUGUGGGUGGGUGUGAUCUGUCGCUGCUUAUUUCCCUGGCCCAGCAGGCCCAUUUGCCUCUUUUUGGGGGUGGCGGGACAGUUUUGCAUUUGUGCUUAAAGUGACUUCCGCUGAAGAUGUGCAGUGAGCACACUGUCAUUCCAUUCUCUCCUAUAGCACUUUAUGCCCUCUACAGCGCCAGCAUCAUCCAGCGUGUAACUUGUUUUAAUAAAACCUUCCAACACACCCCAGA